AAAGUUUGGGAGAGCAGUGAUUUAGUCUCACACUGAACCGAGUCCUGAUGUCCGGAGCCGAGAGGAAGAGAGACUCCGGGCUUUUUACCACUUUCAGCCUGAAUAUUUACUAUUUUAACGCUUUAAUACAGUUUAAUUCGCUGUUUUUAUACUUUUAAAACUUUUUUAAACUGGAUUUUAACGCAGUAACUGCUGGAUAGAGAGAUAUGCGCGUGCCCGCGUCGCUCGGCGCGUCCUCGCGAGUCCGCAGCAGCAGCAGCAGCGAGUCCGAGUCUGCGGUUCUGAGUUCGGUUCUGUUUCAGUGUUUUUCUGGCUUUAUCUCAGCAGAACUCGGGUAAACCCGGGCGGACCGGAUCCGGAGGACCUUUAUCUCGGUGUUUCCGCGCGUUUCUGGAGUUUACGGGCUGAAUUUCCCCGAGUUUUUACACUUUUAGUAAACUUUUCCAGGCCUGCUCCCCCUCCCCUCCACUCCUCCACUCCCGCUGCUGGAGCUUUUUACAGCUGGUCCUAAUCUUCUGGCAGUUAUGGAUCCGGGCCAGCACAACCCUCCCGCCGGGCACCAGAUCGUGCACGUCCGCGGGGACUCGGAGACCGACCUGGAGGCGCUGUUUAACGCCGUGAUGAACCCGAAGAACGCCGCCGUGCCCCCGUCCGUCCCCAUGCGCAUGAGGAAACUCCCAGACUCCUUCUUCAAACCUCCAGAGCCCAAAUCCCACUCCAGACAGGCCAGCACGGACGCGGGCACAGCGGGCACCCUCACUCCACAGCACGUCAGAGCGCACUCCUCGCCAGCCUCCCUGCAGCUGGGCGCCGUUUCACCCGGCACACUGACCGGCCUGCCGCAGCCGGGCACCUCCCCUCAGCACCUCCGCCAGCCGUCGUACGAGAUUCCCGACGACGUGCCCCUACCCCCCGGCUGGGAGAUGGCCAAGACCGCCUCCGGCCAGAGAUACUUCCUAAACCACAUUGACCAGUCCACCACCUGGCAGGACCCCAGGAAGGCCAUGCUGCAGAUGAACCAGCCUCCCCCGGGCAGCCCUGUGCCUGUUCAACAGCAAAACCUGCUAAACCCAGCCUCAGGUCCUCUUCCUGAUGGUUGGGAACAGGCCAUUACCUCAGAGGGAGAGAUCUACUACAUCAACCACAAGAACAAAACCACGUCCUGGCUGGACCCGAGGCUGGACCCACGCUUCGCUCUGAACCAGCAGCGUAUUUCCCAGAGUGCACCAGUGAAGCCCGGCCCCCCGCUGCCCUCCAGCCCCCCGAACGCAGGGGUGAUCGGGGGCAGCAGCCAGAUGAGGCUCCAGCAGCUGCAGAUGGAGAAAGAGAGGCUGAGGCUCAAACACCAGGAGCUGCUCCGGAGACCCCAGGAACUGGCCUUGAGGAACCAGCUGCCCACGAGCAUGGAGCAGGACGGAGGCACCCAGAACCCGGUCUCGUCUCCAGGCAUGGGGCAGGACGCCCGUAGCAUGACCACCAACAGCUCCGACCCCUUCCUCAACAGUGGGACGUAUCACUCCAGAGACGAGAGCACAGACAGCGGGCUGAGUAUGAGCAGCUACAGCGUCCCCCGCACUCCAGACGACUUCCUCAACAGCGUGGACGAGAUGGAGACGAGCGACUCCCUCGUUCCCGCCUCGAUGGCGACGCAGCCCAGAGGCUUCCCCGACUACCUGGACGCCAUCCCGGGCACCGACGUGGACCUGGGCACCCUGGAGGGCGAGAGCAUGGCGGUGGAGGGCGAGGAGCUGAUGCCCAGCCUGCAGGAAGCCCUGAGCUCCGACAUCCUCAACGACAUGGAGUCCGUGCUGGCAGCUACCAAGAUCGACAAGGAGAGCUUCCUGACCUGGCUAUAGAUCCACCGAUCAAUCGAUUAAUCCAUCUAUUGAUAAAUCGAUCCAUUGAUCCGUCGCUCGCUCAUCCAGCACCACGACACCACCGAUACCGAACGCCGCAUUUACAGCGAACUGACUGCUCCAGUCCUGUCUGUGGAGGAUUAUCGAUUGAUUGGUUCGAGGGUUGUUUUUUUUUUUUUUUUUUUUUAUCAUCUUUUUCUUAUUUUUAUUGCUUUUGGGCUUUUUUUUUUUUUUUUUUUUUUUGCUCCCUCGUUCUCCGUGCUCUGUCGACUUGAAUUGGUUGGUUGGCAAAUUGGUUUUAAAAGCAACGUUUAUAUAAAUAUAUAUAUUUUUUGUUUCUUCAUCUUUUAUUCGUUUUACUCGUCUUUUAUCAUCAUGUCUGCAUCCUCAAGGCUGGCCCAUGAACAGACAAUUUACUCAACAGUACCCACAUCUAUAUAUAUAUAUCGCCCAUAGCUGUGCUGUAUGCCCGUGUGUACCUUUUUAUCAUUUUUUUUUAUUAUUAUCAUUUUUUUUUGUGUAGCUUCGGAGCUUUGCUUCUUCGAUUCGUGAAAAAAGUUCGGACGCUCAAUGAUAAGCGAAAGUGCGCUUAAAUCUACGCCAGCUGACUGCAUUUUCUCCACCGCAGCCUGCAGAGAAUACGAGUCUGGAGAAACCGAAACCAAAAACCGAGCAGUAGGGCUACGAAGUGUGCGUACGAAGUGUACUUACGAAGUUUUUCGUACGAAGUGCGUGCACACGAGAGCGCGUACGGAAUGGAAUACGAAUAGGAAGUGGAAGCUCGAGAUGUUUGAGAUGAAGCCCUGGCUUUGGCAAGGCAAUCACCCUGCUUGGCUGUGCCAGCGUAUAUCUUAACUUUUACGAAAAAAAAAAAGUGUUUUUUUGUUGUAAAACCUUGUCUAAUCAAGUGCCUUCAGUUUUAUAAUCUACGUUGUUCUUUUAGUCGAGUGAGAAAAAAAAACACUACUUUUGUGUCUACGAUGUUUUUUUUUUUGUUCGUUUAUUUCCAAUUUGUCUUGUGUCAUAAGGCAGUAAAUAAGUACACUAUUUUUCAUUAUUUUAGAACAAAAAAAACACAUUUAUCGCACUCUUUGUUGCUUGUAUAUUGUUUUUUUUUUUUGUUUUUUUUGUAAUUUUACGAUGUUUGUUAAUCAAACAAAAAAAAACAAAAUCUUUUAAAGGUUAUAUCUUUUUAAGCAAGUGUAUUAUGUCGGGGGGGGGGAAAUAGGAUAGUUCUUCUUUUCUUGUUUUUUUGUUUUAAAGCCUCUGUUGUUUUAUGAUGACAGUCUUAUUUAAGCCUGGCCUGAUUUCACUCCUUUUCCUUUGUUUGCUUGGUUAUUUGUGUCCUAAAUAGAUCAAAUAAGCGUAUUCUCUUUUUUUUUUUUUUAUAUUAUUUUAUCUCACUAAAGCUCUAUUCGGACAGGAUUGGUUUUAUAUAGGGAAGUGAGAUAAUGUAAUUUUUUUACUACGAGGCGUUUUACAGGGGAUAAGUAAUGUAAGUCAGUGUAAAUGACUGGGAUGGGAGUAGCUACUUGAUUUAUACACUGCCCUCGGCUCUUAUUAACCCUUUUAUAGUAAUAAUGGCAUUUUUGUUCGAAAUUUAGUGGCUAGAUGUUCGAAAGACAUGCAUAUGUAAAUUGUAGGCUACGCUACACGAUGACUUUUAUUAUCUAAAGCUGCAGAAGCCCUGCCCCUUUGAGGAGACCUUCAAGCUUGUGUUCUCCAUUUUCGUAGACUCAAACAACAACAACUACUAAAGUAAAUGUCUCUUCAAAUGCCUACAUACUUGAGAAAAGCUGCUAAAACACCUUUUCCACUGUAUUUUGUGGACUAUUUAGCCACGAUUUAUUCAAAAAUAGUAUAAGCUGAGGUUAUUUUUUACAUGAAAUCAGUAAAAAUGACGUACAUAAUGAGACAGUGCAACUCAGAAGCAGUAAAAGUUACUUUACUCUAUUAUUUUAUCUCCCGAUGUAAAACUAAUCCAGUUCCAAUAGAGGUGAAAUACCUGAUCUCUGUUGAUUCUAACAUGAUUUGCCUUUUUCAGCACAUUUCUAUUGUAAUGUCUAUUGUAAUUAUAAUAGCAUUGAUAUAAAUAUCAUGAAUAUCAUUGAAUAGAUGAAGCUGAUCAUGGUUAUAUUAAGCAGUAAUCAGUGGAGGUUGACUAGGUAGUUUUUAUAUACUAAUAUCUAGUUUUAUUUUGCUUUGUUUCUUCAUAUCGUUAUUAAUAUCUUUUAUUUUUUAUUGUUUUCUACGUAUGUAGUGACCACAUCUUCCUAAUUCCCAGCUAAAAGCAAAACGAACAAGAAAUCCAUGAGCUCUGAUCAACUACUUUCUGACUAGAUAAAAAGCGUGAACCAGACGACGAGCGCCUAACCCUGUUACGGGGUGGUAAAAGUGUAAAAGUGAAGUUGUGCCAGUUAGAAGCUACAGUGGUAAAAGCAAAGAGGGAGAAAAGUUUGGGUUUAAGCUGCCUCGUUUGACAGAUUGGUACAGUACCGCCUCAUUUUAUGGAUCAGUACAGUGCCGCCUCAUUUUAUGAAUUGGUACAGUGCCGACUCGUUUUAUGGAUCAGUACAGUGCCGCCUCGUUUUACAGAAUAGUACAGUGCUGCAUCGUUUUAUGAAUUGCUACAGUGCCGACUUGUUUUACGGAUUGGUACAGUACUGCCUCGUUUUACGGAUUGGUACAGUACUGCCUCGUUUUACAGAUUGGUACAGUACCGUCUCAUUUUACGGAUUGGUACAGUACCACCUCGUUUUCCGGGAUUGUACAGUACUGCCUCAUUUUAUGAAGAGGUACAGUACCGCCUCGUUUUAGGGAUUGGUACAGUACUGGCUUGUUUUACAGAUUGGUACAAUGCCGACUCAUUUUAAGGAUUGGUACAGUACUGCUUCAUUUUACGGAUUUGUACAGUACUGCCUCGUUUUACGGAUUGGUACAGUACUGCUUCAUUUUACGGAUUGGUACAGUACUGCUUCAUUUUACGGAUUUGUACAGUACUGCCUCGUUUUACGGAUUGGUACAGUGCCGCCUCGUUUUACGGGAUUGUACUGUACUGACUCGUUUAACGGAUCGUAUAUUACCUCCUCGUUUUACGGGUCAGUGUAGUACCGCCUCGUUUUACGGAUUGGUACAGUGCCUACUCGUUUAACGAAUUGGUACAGUGCUGCCUCGUUUUACGGAUUUGUACAGUACAGCUUCGUUUUACGGACUGGUACAGUACUGCUUCGUUUUACAGGGUGGUACAGUGCUGCCUCGUUUUACGGAUUUGUACAGUACUGCUUCGUUUUACAGGGUGGUACAGUGCUGCCUCGUUUUACGGGAUUGUACUGUACUGACUCGUUUAACGGAUCGGUAUAGUACAGCCUCGUUUAAUGGAUUAGUACUGUAACGCCUCGUUUUCACGGAUUAGUACAGUACCGCAUCCUGUUACAUGUUGGACUAAAGUGAAGUUUUAUCAGUAAAGAGCUUUUAAAAGUGCUGAGGAAGGAAAGUUACGAGGUGUUAGAGCUAAAAGAGUUAAAAGUGUUUAAAACAAGUAAAGUUUGUGUUCUGCUGUAAAAUCGAAGGUUCUGCUAAGUUUCAGCUGGAUAAAUGAGCAUGUCCGGAGAGUUAGCGGUGUAGCGUUAGCGGUUAGCUGGUACCUGGUGUGGUGUAAUUAUGAACUGAUUAUGAGCGAUAGAUGCUGUAGAACGUAAUGGAAACAAUCAACCUUUUUAUUUUCAGUGAUUUCUGUCAUUAUUAUUUUUAUUUUUAUUUCUUUCCUUGUGGCUUCCAAAGAGUGUUUUGUGAUUCUUUCAUUUUUUCCCCUUUCGUUUCUUUUUUUUUUUCCUUCUUCUUUUUUUCUUUAAAGCAUAAAAUACAAAAAAAAUCUGUAAUUUAUCGUCUUUUUUUCUUUCUUUUGUGUUUUUUUUUCUUUUUAGUUAAAAGUAUGACAUAAGCUAAAAGUAAGAAGAAUCCUAUGAUUAAGGUCCAGCUUAUGAUUGGUUGGAGUUCGUCACGAUGUCCCGCGGCACCAGUUCAGUAUCGACCACAACGUGUUGAGGUGUUAUCAUGUUGUUUUUUCUAGAAUGGCUUUUUUUUUUUUUUUGCAGAGCGAGAGAACACUACAGGGAGGUGAAUGAAUAAGUGUAUAAGUGACGUUUAUGAUGAUGCGGAUGCUUUAUAUUCAGUAAAAAAUACAAUAUAUUGUAUUUUCAGAUGUUUACAAGGUUAUCGUACCCCUCCCCCCACAAACACACACACUACACAACGUUAUCUCAAUGUUAACAUGUUUAAUAUGUGAUUUUAUAUGUGUUUUAUGAAGCUGCAGUGUCUCCACUCCACUCCUGUGAACAGCGAACAAAUCAAAGGUGAUCAAACUGGCAGAGCUUGAGAAAAGAACCGGAUUGGUGUAUUUUAGACUAGUAUCUGUUUUAAUUCAGUUUUUAUACAGACGUAUAGUAUUGACGGCAGACACAGUGUUGCAGAAAAAGCAAAGUAAAGCAUUGAAAUGAAAGGAAAGCAUUUUAUAUGGAAUCGUAUCGUUGGUACAGUGCUGGUAUUGCACGUUGCAUAAAAUGUGUAUGUCACAUAAAGAUGAUUUUAUUCGUAGUUAGUGUGCGACUCUUCGAAUAUAUAAUAACUGUACUGUUUUUAUUUUUUUUUAGUAGUGCUAGUACUAAUCACUCAAGUUAAAGGAUUGGUAUUUAGAUAUGGCUAAAUGCACACAGAAUGAAUUUAUACACAUUUAUUAUGAUCUGUUCUUUAUGUUUUAUUUUUUGUUUUAAUAGAUGUAUGUGCAUGUAUCUUAGAACCUUACGUUCUGUUACAGUCUUUCUCGUUGCAUAAUACUUUAAAACAAAUGGGCCUGUAAUAAAGUAUAUACUUUGUUGUA